AUGUCUUCCAUUUUCGUCGAUACCCCGAGCUUGGUGCGCGAUCUACUCAAGGCCAUCGAAACCUGCCCCGUGGACCGACCAUUCCUCUUUGUCGAUCUCGAAGGCAUUAACCUUUCCCGCCACGGAUCAAUUUCUAUCAUGCAAAUACUGAUUCCGGCAACUGGAGUGGUCUAUCUUGUCGAUGUUGUGACACUAAAAGCAGAAGCCUUUGACACAGCAAGCGACAGUGGGCUGACAUUGAAAAAAGUCUUGGAGUCCGAGACAAUUCCCAAAGUCUUCUUCGAUGUCCGAAAUGACAGCGAUGCUUUGUUCAGCCACUUCGUCAUCUCCCUGCAAUGUGUCGUGGACAUCCAGUUGUUGGAGCUUGUAACUCGCCCUGGGCAAGGCAGAUAUCUCCGAUCCCUGUCAAAGUGCGUUGAAGAGAACGCAGGACUGGCUCGGACCGAGCUGAGACAAUGGCAGAGCAUCAAGGAGGCUGGCAAAAAGCUUUUUGCACCAGAUAAAGGAGGAAGCUAUGAAAUGUUCAAUGCUCGGCCACUUCCUGCGACCCUCGUGCAAUAUUGCGUUCAGGACGUAUUGCUUAUGCCAAAGCUUGUGUUGAAGUUUUCCGCCCUGUUGUCUGACACCAAGGCGAGCAAGGUUGCGCAAGAAACAACACGAAGGAUCCAAGAGUCUCAGAGUGCUUCAUACCAGAGCCAUGGGCGGCACAAAGCCAUUGGGCCACAAUUUCAAAACAUGAGGUAA